AGAAAUUUAGUGAGGCUCAGUGAAACUACAUCAUGGCUGGCAUUGUAUCAGUUGAAGAAGUAUAAACAAACAACGAACUAUCAAACAGUACUCCCCAAACUUCUCAAGUAGACAAGAAAACCAAAGAAGCCCAAAUCACAGGUAAAACACCAAAACUUGAACCUUUUCAGCUUUACAGAAGUUUAUCUUUUCUGUGGUCUCUCUAGCUAUUAUUGACUCGGCUUCAUAUACGAUCAAACUAAUCAUGACCCAUUUGCGGAAGUUUAAGAAACCAUCUAUUCUCAAAUGGGUCUCUUCUUAUUUUAUUGAGAACCAACUAAAACCCCAAUUUUGCCAAACGGGUUCAUUUCACAUUGCACAAAGGCAAAACCCUAGACUUUAUAGGACAAAAAGAUCAGUUGUAACUGAAAAUUCUGAUAAAACCAUGUUUUCUGAUGGCGAAAAUGUUGUGCGAAUCCCUCGUGCCACUCUAAAAGAGGCUCAAGCUGCAUUAUUGGAAUAUUUGCAUUCUACUAGAAGUAUUCAUUUUACGGAUGCAGAGAAUAUGAGCAAAAACUCACCUCAUUUUUUGCAGAAGCUUUUGAAGAAGGUUGAAAGUGAAAAGGAUGUUGGAAGUUCUAUGACUCGAUUUCUGCGUUACCAUCCCAUUAAUGAAUUUGAACCUUUCUUUGAGAGUUUGGGAUUGAAACCUUGUGAGUAUACUCCUUUACUUCCUAGGGAUUUGAUGUUCUUGAGUGAUGAUUGCUUGUUGCUAGAGAAUUAUAGGGUCUUGUGCAACUAUGGGAUUGAUCGAAAUAAGAUUGGUAAGAUAUAUAUGGAAGCAAUUCAAGUGUUUCAACAUGAAUUUGAAAUUUUGCCAUUAAAGCUUCAAGCUUAUCAAGAACUGGGGCUUAGUCAGUCUUUUAUGGCAAAGGUUAUUGUUUGUAGUCCUCAUCUUUUGAUUGGUGAUGUAGAUAUGAAAUUUAUUAAGGUAUUAGAGAUUUUGAGGAGUGUGGGAUUUGAUUAUGCUUGGAUUGAGGAGCAUUUGUCAGAGCAUGAUUCUUAUAAUUGGAGCAUGAUACUUCGUGUUCUGAACUUCUUUAGUGAGAUGGGUUGCAGAAGUGAGUUACAUGGGUUAAUCAGCCAGCAUCCAGGGCUUCUGUUUGAGGGUUCGGGGUAUAGGAUGCUUUCACUAAUUGCAUUCCUGUUGAAAUUUGGAUCUCCACUGGAUCAGAUAUCUUCUACGUUUCUGCAGUUUCCAGAAAUCCAAGUUGGGCAAUUUGUUUCAAAUUUUAUCAAAUGUUUUCUAUUUCUUCAUGAGAUUGAGAUGGAGGUGAAUGAGAUCGGGAAAAUUGUGUGUUCUUACCCCUUAUUACUUGGUUCAAUCAUGUUGAAGAAAACUAACAGUUUACUUGGUAACUUGAAUGUCGGAAAAAGGCGACUUUGUAAAUACAUCCAGGAGAAUCCCCAAGAAUUGAGUAAAUGGGUCAUGGGAAAAAGAGUUGUGCGAUUACCAGACUCAGGAGAGGACUUAAAGUCGCAAAGGUUAAGGAUGAAGUUCUUGUUAGACUUGGGUUAUGGAGAAAACCCUAACAUGAUGAAGAAAGCACUCAAGGCGUUCAGAGGCAGGGGAGGGGAGCUUCAGGAGAGAUUUGAUUCUAUUGUGAAUACUGGUUUAGAUAAGAAAGAUGUUUCUGAAAUGGUCAGAGUGUCCCCACAAAUCCUAAAUCAAUCAAAAGAUAUCAUCCAGAAAAAGAUCGAUAUUCUAGUGAAUGAGUUGGGUUACCCUUUAUCCUCUUUAGUGGUGUUCCCCUCUUAUCUUUCCUAUACAACACAGAGGGUCAGACUUAGAUUGGCAAUGUAUAGCUGGCUCAGAGAUCAGGGAAAAGCAGAGCCUGACCUGGCCUUAAGUACUCUAGUUGCAUGUUCGGACAAACUAUUUCUGAGGCAAUAUGUAAAUCAUCAUCCUAGUGGCCCUCAAGUUUGGCAGGAUUUAAAAGCUAGACAACCAUGUGCAGUGUUUAUAACCAUUGACUUCAAAGUGAGGCCAUCAUGAUACUACUGUGACUAUUUCCUGCUGUAACUUUUUAUUUCUUCAAUAGCUGGUUGGCAUAAGUACACUAAAGUUUUUGAGAUGAAAUUUCUACCACACCCUGUUGAUAAUGGCAGUUUCUCCACCCUAGACAGCUAAUUUUUUCUUUUUAUUCUGUAAAAUGAGUUAAACAAUUUGUUUAGUCAUCUCUGUAACCCUUGUGAAACUUCUCCACAUUAACACAGUAAUUUGUUUAUGCUAUAUAGUUGGCAGUGAUCCAUUAUCUCACAUAUAGUUGAAGGUCUUGACGUUUACCUCUAGGCAUAGAACAAGAGGAGAGGUUUAUCAUAGAUUGCUUACUCACAAAUUAGAAGAAGAACGAGAAUGAUUUUCUAUCCUAGUCUGGAUUCCUCAUUUUAGAUUAUAUAAAUUAUAAUUGAUCAUAUGUAAAACU